AAUGGGUUCAAUAUGGUCGGAACAAUGGGCUGUCGAACCAAUGGGCUGUCGAACCAAUGGGCUGUCAGACCAAUGGGCAGUUCCAGUUAGCAAGACAUCUAACGGCGCACCAGGCUCAGCAAAGACGAGAGUAUCCGCGCUUACAGGGGGAAAUGCGCAACUUCACUUUCUACAAAACAACAGUGGACAACCUGUUUAAGAUCUUCCCACCCGUUCCAGAUGUUGUAGAAUUCAGCCCUGACCGCUGCAGGACUUGUGCUGUGGUGGGGAACUCUGUUAAUUUGAAGAGAUCACACUAUGGACCUCUCAUAGAUAUACAUGAUACUGUAAUAAGAAUGAACCAUGGCCGUACUAAAGGCUAUGAAACGGAUGUUGGCACUAAAACAACUCAUCAUGUGAUGUACCCAGAGAGUGCUGUUAGUUUGGACAACACUACUCAUCUUGUGCUGUUUCCAUUCAAGAUAAAGGAUCUGCUGUGGCUCCUCAAGAAAUUCGAUUCAGGGGAAAAAAAUGCUGGGAACAGGAUAGCUAACAAGGAUUUGGUGAUAAUCCUCAAUCCAGCUUUCAUGAGAUAUGUUCAUGAAACUUGGCUGUUGAAGAAGGGCAGGUAUCCAUCCACUGGCUUUAUGACUGUGGUUCUCAGCCUGCAGAUUUGUGAUGAGGUCAGCGUUUUUGGGUUUGGAGCAGACAGUGACGGAAACUGGAGCCAUUAUUUUGAAAUCCUCACAAACAAAAGGCUGAGAACUGGACCUCACGCAGGAGCACGUGAAUAUGAAGUUAUUCAGCAACUAUACCAGAAGAAGAAAAUCCGUUUUUUUAAAGGAUCCUAAAAUCCAUUUUUGUUUCUGUCUUUGUCAACUGCACUAACACAAACAGAACUGAGCAUUGGAAAAAGUCGUUUGCAGUUGAUCUGGCCUUUCAUUAGUCAUAUUUAUUAAGCAUCUAAAUGUGUUUACAUUCAAGUCAUUUUGUGAACUUCAGUUUUGGUUUCAUAGAAUCACGUCCUAUUGUUCAAUCUGUUUUUUCGUCCACCAUUUCACAUACUCCACUGUCUAACAUAUGGAAAAUAGCCAAACCAUCCAUCAUGUCUAUAAAUAGGUGCAAUAUCCGAGCCCUAUAUUAACACUGAUAAAAACACAAAGCAAUAAAACAUAUCAUCAUUUAUCAGUAUGGCUUCCUAGUGGCUCUUCUCACACUUAUUUCCUUAGUUUGGCUCAAUCAUAUAGUUGUAGCCGCUUAUUCUUCACAAGGUCAUGCAGGUGCUGGAGCCGACCCCAGCUGACAAAACGCAGGGACUUGAGUCAACUAUUAACCUACGCUGCAUGUCUUUGGACCGUGGGAGGAAGCCGGAGAACUCAGGGAAAACCCACGCUGACACAGAGAGAACAUGAAAACUCCAAAAGAACCCCAGCCGGCCUCUGGAUCUGAACCCAGAACCCUCUUGCUUUGAGUUUUAACCCCAAAAGCCAGGCAGUAUAGUUAUUACUGUAAUGAUAUCCUCAGUUGAUCGUGGUGUAACAUACAUACUCAGACAUGCUGCCUGCUCCCCUGUAUAUAUAGUAUUGCACUGUUGGUCAUGAGUUUGUGUUUGUUUGUUUUUCCUCCCACAUGUUUAUGUUGCAUUUGCCUUUUUGACUUUAUGAUGCAUUAAAUAAACAAAAAGACUUGUCAUGCA